AUAAUGGCUUAUCCACUACCUCUACCCUUUCGAGGUGAAGAGAACGUAUGCAUACAGUCCUUAUCGCUCUCUGGAACACCUUCCUUCCUGUUAUGUAUGUGACUGUUUCUGUCUCGAACAGCUUACCUGUUCUGUUGGCUGACACACUUAUCAGGUGGAAAUCGUUGCCGCAGUGCAGCAACGAAGUGUCUCCGAACUCAGGAGAGAACAGCUGUCCCCAGCUCGGAUGUCUCAGGGCUUUCAAUUGGCAACGGGUUUACGGAGAUCGUUGUAAGGGCGGCAGAGUGUGCUCCUCGAUGAUGACUUCCAGAGGGAAGCAUCAUAGGAAGAGGAAAAGGGAGAGGGUGUUGGAAGGACAACAGGAGGUCAAGAAGAAAUCCCGGGUGGACAGACGAAGGCGGAAGAGAGCAAAAUUGUCCUCGUCAUCGAGGCAACAAAGUCUGCAGAACGUGUCAGGAACACGACUCCGACACUUGCGUUUUCAGAAGCUUUCGCGCUCUCGCUCGCGUUGGCAAGGGAAGGGGAGGAGCCCUACUGCCUGCUCAGCAGGGGAGACAAAGAGGCUGGGCUCACAGAGACGAGGGCAGACCGCGCACAGGGAGGAGCGCGGAUCAACCGGGGAAGGAGCGCACUUGAAGGAGGCUGGAACCGUUUGUGAGUUGGAGAUGGCAGUUGCAAGACCUCUCUGUGUGUCUUACCUCACCACAGGAACGUGUGCAUCGGGAUCUCUUUGUGCCUUCUCCCAUUAUGUUGGCAGCGCACCUCAUUCUGGCAUGGGCAGCACAUCUGUUGAGAGGGGCGGGGGCGGAGGAGGAGGAUCGGGAGGGGAGGGUGCGAAUAUGAUGGGAGGAGGAAGUGGGGGUGAUAAUAUGUUUCGUUCGGAAGGUCGUUAUCGCCUAUCAUCAGUUGUGGUUCUUCCAUCCUCCGACAGUUGCAAUGCAAGUAUGGGAGGAGGAGCGGAGGUGCAAUGGGGAAGUAUGCAAGGAGGAGGGGAGGGGCAAUGGGGAGGAGGGCGUGCCACACAUCAUCAGGGCCAUGUCACUCUGUCAGGAGAUGUGUGUGGUAAUCGGAAUGAAUGGCCAGAGCUUGGUUCGUCGAUGGCGAAAGGAAUGGAGAUGAGGUGUAGUACCAUCAGCAAUGAUGUUAGUCAUGGAAGGGGUACUCGGAUGGACAUGGUUGGGGGAUCAGGGAAUGGGAACAGCAGGAUAGCUGCCUUUCAGACGGCUAUGAUCGAUGGGAAUUGGGUGAGCAACAUGGGAGAUGCUGGGGGAGGUGAUGGAUAUGGGAGGUGGGGUGACGGGAGGGGGGGCGUGACUUCCAACAGAUGUGGGCAGGAUAUGGGUGUCCCGAGCCGGGGAGGGCAGAUGAGUGGCAGCUCUGGUUUUGCUCUCUCAUCUCCAAAAAGAACAACGGACUACUCAAGCGGGCAGUCUUUACCCCCUCCGGAGUCUGGAUAUGGAGGGCAAAGGGAUUCGUUUGUGUUUAUGUCUUAUAAUAUCCUCGCCGGAUCGUUAGCCGAGGAACACUGGCGUGAGUUGUAUUCUCGCAUUCAUCCUGACUGCUUGGCGUGGCCCAACAGAAGGAAGAAAAUUUUAAAGGAGAUCGUGUUUGUUCAAGGUGAUGUGGUUUGUCUUCAAGAGGUGGAAAAUUUUGGUGAGCUAGAGACUGAGCUCUCGAAAAUGGGUUAUCAGGGUACGUAUAGAUCGAGGACAGGAAAUCGCUCCGACGGGUGCGCAGUCUUCUGGAAGACCGAAAAAUUCAAGAUGCGAAAGACGGAAGUCAUAGAGUUCAUAGAGAUGGGCCUCCGAGAUAACGUGGCGCAGCUAGUUGUGUUGGAAAGCAUUGCGAGAAGUGGAGGGGGGAAGCAAGAGAAGGCUAGUGUGGAGUACGUAAGAAAUCAGGAAGAUGAUGAGGAGGGGGACGAUUGCCGGGUGAUUACAGGGUCAAAAGUGUCAGCAAGAGAUGUGGGGGGUGAAGAUGACAUGUUGAUCUGGAGUAAAGAUAGGAAGGAGGGCAGAGGUGGCGAGGAGCCACCGCAGCAGCAGCAGCAGCGGUGUCGGAGGAAAAAGAGGAGGAAAAAGAUGGUUGUCGUCGGGAACAUCCAUGUGCUCUUUAAUCCUAAGAGAGGGGAUAUCAAAAUGGCACAGAUUCGGACUCUAAUUGAUCGGGCUCGUGAAUUGGCAUCCAGUUUUGGUAAUGAUGUCGAUGUGGCGGUUGUUCUAGCUGGCGAUUUUAACUGCAGUCCCGGCAGCCCUCUAUACCAGUUCAUAUCGAAUGCUGAGCUGGACUGCAGCACAGUUGAUCGGCGAGCGAUGUCGGGAGUUACCGAGGGCAUGCAAGUUCCUAACACUGCGAUGAAUGCCAAUUCCAGUGGGUGGCCGUACGGGGGCAGACGACAUGGUCCUCGCUCUGGAGCUGGUGGACCCAACACUUAUUCGACACCAUCCCUUCCUUCAUCUGUUGCAGCAACCCUUCUGCAGCAACGGAAUGGUCCCGCUCUGGGGGGGAGAGAAAAGUUGGACAAGACAGUGGUGCCAGACUCUGGUUCGGUUGUGAACAAGAAAUCAGUUUUUCAAUCAGCAUGGGGAGAGUUGGUGAAAACCGAUGAGCGAGGGAGCGAGCGAGAUCGAACGACAGUGUGCCCUGACACUGUGGCCGAGAUUGAAGACAGCCUCGGUGUGAUCAGUCUAGUAUCGGAUGGGAAGAAGGACGACAAGAGGAAGGGUGAUGGUGGUGGUGGCAAAAGGAACGAGCGAAGUGUAGGUAGGGUAGAACCACUGGUGGUUGGAGUGUCUGAUGAUGAUGAUGAUGAUGACUGUGUGAUUGCUGGGGAAAAGGAGAAGGGAGAGGGGAGAAAGCGUGAAUUGCAAGAAGCUAUCCUAGCAGGGUCGGGCCUUAGGGAGAGAGUGGGGGAUAAGGCUGUGAAUGAUGUAGAUGUGGUGGAUAUAACAGAGGAUGAUGAUCAGAGACUGGGAGGAAGAGGGAGGGUUGGAAAUGACAGAGGCUCUGGGAGACGAUUACAACAAGAAGUGGUGAGUCAUAAACGACAGCAAGUUGGGGAGAAAUCGAGCGUGGUAGAUCUUGAAGAUAGUGAGGAUGAUGACACUGAGCAAGUGGCAGACAAAGGAGAUAAAGAGGAGGAAUGCGCAGUGAUUUCGGAGGCCGAGUUUCUUGUAAAAGGCGACCAUCAUACGUCGUCGUUGCCUCGUUCAAGGGCGGUGGUCCCACACACUGUAGGGGUCGAUGCGGAAGGGGGCAAGGAGCCUCUGGUAAGUCAAACAACAUUGCUGACGACCACAGCGGUUCUUCAAGGGAAGCCGUUGGUCCUAGUACUUGAAGAUGAUGCCACACCCAGAAACAUGGAAGAGAAGCUGGGAGAGAGAAAAGAUGAAAGAAAAGAGGAGAGGAGAGAAGACUUUGCCUAUGAGUGGUGGGAAGCAGUAGUACGUAGGAAAGAUGAUGCAAGAGGUGAAGGUGGUGGGGAGGGAAUGGUGAUGAGGUGGGAAACUCCUUGUCCUUCAGGGCAAAUGGUACGCCGAUUGGGUUGGGAGCCCGGCGAUCUAGAGAGAGCUGUGGGAGUCUCGGGCGAGUAUAUUGCCAAGCAUGGGCUGAGUCUAAUCAGCGCGUAUGUGGAUGUAAAAGGUGCAGAGCCGCCAUGUACGUCGUACCAUGACAAAUUCAUGGGAACCGUUGAUUACAUCUGGCACACGCGCCAUCUGGAAGCGGUUAGAGUUUUGGAAACAGUACCACCAGGGGUUUUGAGGAGAUUGCCCGGGCUUCCGGCUGUCAAUCAAGGCAGUGAUCAUAUGGCUCUGGCUUGUGAGUUUGCCUUCAUUGACCGGCUGGAAGGGGAGGAGAACGAGGUAGAGGAGAGGGAGGAUUUCCCGAGAAGCCGCGGGUGGUGGCCGAAGAUAGGGGUUGUGUAGGAUUGAUGAUACACCGUGAGCAUGCAUGCUGGCCUUCUCUGGCUGGUCAUGGACCGGGGCUGUCAAGGUCCUAUCCUAGGUGGCGUCUGGUUUUGUGCAGCACCAUCUAGUCCAGAUUUGCGACUGUUUGCUCUACUACUGAUCUUGCGUACGGGCAUUCCUGUGUCCCUCAGUUCCACGGACCCCUUGUCACCUGGAGACAGGCGUUUCUUUAGCACGAUUCUGGGCUCUCCCCAUCUCAUACACCUCUUGUACAGUUCGGUGACCCAGGUCGCACCUGAGGCAAAAGCGGAGUUGCACCACACUUGACACAUGUAGCUGCAAGGUGGUGUGAGGUUGAAGCAGAGGGAGUGGACAGGGGCUCUGUGAACAGAAAUAUUGCACUUACGGCCGGAUCUACCUCAGGAAGUCCCUAUGUAACAUGCCCUGUUGUUGUCCCAGUGAGUAGACCGAGAAGGUUGCAAAGAAACUGGAGCUGUUGCAAAGUCUUUGGCGUUGCUGUGUCGUAGUGGUUGGGUCUCGUCCAAUGCUCUGUGGGUGAAAUAUAUGGUGCUGUGGCUGGCAGUUUUUGUAUCUGGUGCGAUGAGGGAAUGAAGCUUCCCUUCGACGAAGGGAACCCCACUUGGCUGAUCUCUGCCUGUUUCCACUUCUGUGGCUUUGCUGCGCACUCUUUGUAUGUCUUUAGCAUGGCUUUGUAGCUUCCUUUUUUUUGUGGGGGGUAGGUUUACUGUGUGUCGAGGGUACAAUGACGCAUGUGGCCGUUUGUUGUGUGUAGCGCAUGGGACUUGUCACAACCCUGAAAGGGAGAGGCAGACAACGUUGAUGUUAGGGAAACACUGCGGAGUUCCGUCUGUUUCUAUUUUCUGUUUUUGUGUCGCAGACUCACAGCUGUAUCGUAUACUGAAAAUAAGACUGCUCAAGGAUCAAGUCCAAGCAUGUUUGAGUUUCUUGUGAACUAUUCUGGCACGGUGGCCGACGGGCUUUUUUUAAGCCUGUGCUGUCAGAGCCGGUGGGAGUCGCUUUGGGAUUUGACAAGUACACAUGUUGGGCACAACAGGGUUUGAUACCCAGAUCUGUCCCCAAGGAUUUUCAAGUUUUCUUCAGUGUGUUUCUGAGGUUGUCGCUGCUGGGUUUUGAACCCAGUUUGGCAUAUUACGGAUCUUUUGGGCCAGUUAGGUUUCGUACAUGGUUGUUGUAGUUGUAAACUUGUAUGUGUGGGUAGCAGUAGGCGCGGGUAGCAGUAGGCACGCCAUGCUUUUGUAUUUUGCGUUCUCCUCUGAAGCGCACUCACAACGUUCGGCACACUCUCUCACUUCAGUUUGUCACUUCUGGAUGGUCGUAUACAAGAGAAGGGGGUAACCAUAUUUCCCCAUCCAUUGAUGAAGGGGAGAAGAAUAGUAGCCAUAGCUGUGGCGAAAGCGCAGCCAUUGCUGCGAAGAAUGUAGGUGGUGCUGUAUGGCUUCGUGUGCCGUUUGUUGCAUCUUGUCAUGGGCUGAUGUUUGCCCAGCGGGACGUCACUUCGGUACGCUUCCGUCUUGAUUUUAGCCGUGUUUGAAUGAACGUUGGUUUGUUGG